AUGCCGCGACCUACAUUUACCAGCAAGCUCUCGCUUCCGCACCGCCUCAAGCACCAGACCAGCUACACCAGCAACCCCAAUUCCACCCCAACCUCUGUCCCCGCCAGCCGUACGGGGAGCCCCAAACUACGCGCCAUGCCAGAGCAGCCAGUACCCGGCCUGGUCUUGAGGGCGAACGUCAUCAAGGGCAGAGACCUCGCUGCAAAGGACCGGAGCGGCACUUCUGACCCCUACCUUGUCCUCUCGCUCGGCGACGAGAAAUUCACAACUCCUACCAUAAACAAGCAGCUGAACCCGGAAUGGAACGAGUCGCUCGAACUGCCCAUCCUCGGCGAGCAGAGCCUCCUGCUCGAGGUCGUCUGCUGGGACAAAGACCGCUUUGGCAAGGAUUACAUGGGCGAAUUUGACGUCAUACUCGAGGAACAAUUCCAGAACGGACUCACGCAGCAGGAGCCACAAUGGUUUCCCCUGCAGUCGCGGCGGUCCGGCAAGAAGAAGUCUGUCGUCUCCGGCGAGAUCCAAAUCCAAUUCUCCCUCAUCGACCCCGUCAACCUCGCCGCCACACCCGAGCAGAUCCUACAGAAGUUCUUCGCCAUCGCAGGACAAACACCAAGCCCAGACGAAGACGAGGGGGAGCUCCUCAUGCGCGGCGACAGCAACCUCACCGACGCCGAAGAGGAUGAGUCGAGCUCGGACGAGGCACAGGACGAAUCAAAGAAGGCCGAGAAGCGGGAGAAGCGGAGGAAGAAGCUGAAGUUAGCCAGACUGAGGAGAAAGGUCAAAUCCAAGACCGGCUACGAAUACUCUAGCAAUGGCGAUAUAGCUGGUGUUCUCUUCCUCGAGAUUCAGAAAUGUACCGACCUGCCACCAGAACGCAACGUGACGAGGACUACCUUUGACAUGGAUCCAUUCGUUGUAACCUCACUCGGAAAGAAGACGUAUCGUACCAAAACCAUUAGUCAUAACCUAAAUCCCGUCUUUGACGAGAAACUUGUCUUCCAGGUUCUACGGCACGAAACCAAUUACUCCGUCAAUUUUACCGUCAUCGACAAGGACAAGUUCUCGGGCAAUGAUUACGUUGGCACCGUCAACUUUCCCCUUGAAAAGGCUGUUUCUACAGCCCCACAGGAAGACCCAGAGACGGGGCUAUAUAGGUUACCUGAGCCAUCAGACUCUCCUGGUCUCUCUCCUUCUGAAUCCGGCAGUUCAAGGAAGUCCCGUUUCCGCCUCCCCAUGUCUCGCUCUGCUUCAACUCACAGUCUAUCUCGUCUGGGUCGGCCGUCUCUGAAGAAGGAAAGCUCGACAGGUUCACUCUCUGUACAAGAGCCUAACAAUUCCCUGACUCCCAACAAUGCUGCAGCCGAUUCCAACGGUAAUCUUGCUGUAGCCGGCGACGUCAACAUAAACCCAUCCGCCGCAGAUGACGAGGAUUUGAAGAUGUACACACUACCAUUGGAGUUAAAAGACAAAGAGCGCUGGGGCAACAAACACAACCCAACCCUCUACAUUCGCGCAAAAUACCUCCCGUACAAGGCUCUUCGACAACAGUUCUGGAGAGCUAUGCUCAAACAGUACGACGCCGAUGAGAGUGGUCUUCUCGAUAAAGUAGAACUGACCACCAUGCUCGAUACCCUUGGUUCCACCCUGCACGAAUCGACUAUUGACAGCUUCUUCGAUCGUUUCGCGGAGGCACAUAAUGGAGACCUUCUCCUUACAUUCGACGAAGCCGUCAUCUGUCUUGAAGAUCAGCUGCAGGCCACAGAGGCAAGAGACGCCCAGAGGUCUGGAUUUGCAUCAGGCACACAGACUCCUUCGCUGGCGUCUGGAAUGCUCACGCCCAUCAAUCAGAACAGCUCGACAACCUCCAUUCCGGUGCUUGAAACAAACACCUUGGGUAGGGAAGGCGAAGAAGGCGACAACCUGCAGAUCGACGAUCUUGCCGACGAGAAGGGAGAAGAACAUGUCAUCGAGAUCCGUGAAUGUCCCAUCUGCCACCAGCCGAAGCUGAAUAAGAGGUCCGAUGCUAACAUUAUUACACACAUUGCUACCUGCGCCAGUCAAGAUUGGAGACAAGUCAACAACAUUGUCAUGGCUGGUUUCGUCACCUCAAGCCAAGCACAGCGAAAAUGGUAUUCCAAGGUCAUCACUAAGAUCUCGUACGGUGGCUACAAGCUAGGCGCAAACUCGGCAAAUAUCCUUGUUCAAGAUCGUCUUACAGGUCAGAUCAACGAAGAGCGCAUGAGCGUUUACGUACGUUUGGGUAUUCGCUUGCUCUACAAGGGCCUCAAGUCGAACAAUAUGGAGAAGAAGCGAAUCCGCAAGUUGCUCAAGUCACUCAGUUUCAAACAAGGAAGGAAAUACGACGACCCCGCAUCAGCAUCUGAGAUACUGCCUUUUAUCAACUUUCAUCAGCUUGACAUGUCUGAGGUGUUGUUGCCAACAGACCAGUUCAAGAACUUCAACGAGUUCUUCUACCGAGCACUUAAGCCGGGUGCACGUCCGUGCUCCGCACCUGAUGAUCCCAGAGUAAUCGUCUCGCCGUCUGACUGCCGAACCGUAGUCUUCAAUACGAUCGACUCAGCGCAAGCCAUCUGGGUCAAGGGUCGUGACUUUACCGUCGAGCGUUUGCUUGGUGAUGCGUACCCGGAAGACGCGAAACGCUAUCACGGAGGCUCUCUUGGUAUCUUCCGACUCGCGCCACAAGACUACCAUCGGUUCCACAUACCUGUCGAUGGUGUCAUGGAUGAACCAAAAACAAUCGAGGGAGAAUACUACACCGUCAACCCAAUGGCUAUCCGCUCAGCUCUGGACGUAUAUGGCGAGAACGUGCGCGUCGUAGUACCCAUCGACUCCGUUGCACACGGCCGUGUUAUGGUCAUUUGCAUUGGUGCCAUGAUGGUUGGCAGCACUGUCAUCACGCGUAAGAAGGGCGACCAUGUCAAGCGUGCCGAGGAGCUGGGCUACUUCAAGUUUGGCGGAAGCACAUUGCUCCUUCUUUUCGAGCCCGGUCAGAUGAGAUACGACGAGGAUCUUGUAGACAACUCGAACUCUGCCUUGGAGACUCUUGUUCGUGUCGGCAUGUCUAUCGGUCACAGCCCCAACAGGGCAGCUCAUGUCCCCGACAUGCGCAAAACCAACCCUACCAAUGAAGAGAAGCAGGACGCGAAACGCCGCAUCGAGGGUAGCAUGGCACCUUCAGGCGUGAAAGGACCCAUGCCUGGAGCUGGGAUGUAG